CUCCGACCGAGUCGCCGGAAAAUCCCGCAUUCUCGCCUCUAGUUCGGUUCUUGCUCAUGGCUACCCACACAGCAUCGGUUCACACAUGAUCAUCAUGACAGCAAGGGCCGCAAGGUGGUGCUCUAUUUUCUAAGUUAGACCUUGGUGCCAACUUUGCCAGCAACUUUCUGAGAGUUUGGUCUCUCCGCCUUCGAGCCCGUUGGGACAGGCCAAAACCAUGGAGUCUCCAGGAAGGGGGUCAGCAAUUGAGGUCGAUGCCGGCAGCCGGAGAUCCGAUGACAGCGACGAGGAGUACGCAAGGCAAUUGGAAGCAGACCUGCUCAGUUGCGGAGAAGAAAGCAAUGAAGAGGAGGAAGUCGAGGGCUGUAUGCCCCCGAUGCGAAAAGAGGAAAGUCCUGAAGGAGCAGCAGAAAGUUCAUUAAGGCAUCAGAAAGCAGGGGGGGGAGUUGAGGGACGGUCUGGAAAUCGAGAACGGGAGACCGUCUCUGAUCAGGAGGGGCCAGAACGGAGUGGUGCGGAAGCGAAGCCGCUUGAGAUCCAAGUGGGCUCUGCUCAGCGUUUGAAAGGGCCAUCGGAAGGCUACCUUCUUGGUUGCUUCGCAUGGCUGCCCUCCGAGCUGCUCAUGCAUGUCAUGAAGUUUUUCUCGGCAGAGGACCUUUGUGUGGUCGCCCGUGUGAAUAGCACGUUCCGUGCGCUGUCGUCAGAUGAGGGCCUCUGGAGGAGCUUGUACUGUAACCGUUGGGGGCCGCCCCCUGCAACCGACCGCAGGCGCUCCAGUCGAGUGCGCGGCAAAUCAUGGAAGCAGCUCUAUUUCGAGCGUGAUGGUUCCGAAAUGCGCGAAACGCUGCGAAACGCUCCCCCCGAGUACCGCGAGAUCUACGGUCAGAUGGCCGCGGCAAAGCGGUCACAGACGCCAGCGGUGCAGCAAGUCCAUCAGGUGCAUUCGGGGGAUUUUGUCAAAGUCGACACGUCGGUUGCGGACCAGAUCAGAGACUGGAAAGCGAAGCAGACCUUUGAGGCGGGUGCCGGGCACGUGUGCUCCGGCCAGCGGUGUUCCUACCAUCGCAUCGGGGACGUUUUCAUUUGCGAGAGAACGGGGAACAUUCACGUCUGCGAUGAGACGUGUCGCGAGAUGGUGUCGGACCCCGCGAGCGACCUGCUAGUCUGCGGCAUCUCUGGCCGCUGCUUCGACCGCUGGGUGACGCCAGCAGAGGAGGAGGAGGCCGGGGCGCAGGCGCGGGCUGUAGAGGAACAGGACACGUAUGCCAUGGGAGGCCGCCUUGCUCAGGCGUACUAUCUCGGAUACAACUGCUCGGACGAAGAGGAACUAGACGCGGCGCUAACGAAGGUGAUGUACAGUUGCUGAGUCCCGGCAGCAGCCCGGACGGUGGUAGAAACGUUUCGGACGUCCGGAGACGUCGUAACGGACCUGUACAGCUGUGGGCGAGGAGUUUCGGCCGUUAGCAGCGGCGACCGCCAGGAAUGUCUCCAAGCAUCGGACAUUGCUCUCCUUACACGCACACGUCGAAGACUCGAGGCUGAUCAAGUCUGAUUGAGAUUCCAUACAGUGUACAUUCGUGGAUCUCGGAAUCGGAAACAAAGUUUAUGUACAUGUCUCAGCCAACGGAAUCCUGAACCGGCAAUGAUAUGGGAAUCCAGCGCCUUAGCCGCAGCCCCCAGCCUUAUGCAGUGC